UCUCUCCUCCUCAUUCCAACUAUUUAGCAACUACUCUGUAAAUAUACCACAGAAACAAGCAGGAGUACAAAAGCUUUCCAUUUUACAGAAAAACCUUGGAUCUGUGGCUGGACUAUUCUUAGUGUGGAGCUGUGUGUGAAUGGUCAGAGCCCCUUUACUAGAAGUCGGAGGUAAUUAACAGGGAACCAGGAUGGGCUGCCUCUCAACAUGGACAUUUCUUCUGUUGGGAAUUACAAGCACAUUUUCCCAAGUUUCCUUAUUAGGGACAUGGAGAAGCAUCAUGGGGACAUCAUUGAGACCAAACCCAGCUGUGUACCGUAAUGAAGAUAAUUACGAGUGGACUACAUGGUUCAAUGUAGAUCACCCUGGAGGGAAAGGAGACUAUGAGAAGCUGAAUGUCAUUCGUUUUUAUUAUCAAGCCCGUGUCUGUGAGGUUCCUCAAGUAUUAGAGGCACGCACUACCGAGUGGAUCCCAGCUCGCAACACUGGGGAAAGAGUACACGCUGACCCAGCUGUGGGCUUCUGGUGUGUCAAUGAUGAACAGCCUGUUGGGAGAAAGUGCUCAAACUAUGCUGUACGUUUCCUGUGUCCUAAAGAAAUUGUUUCAGAUGUUGAAGAGGUGAUAUGGGGUCCAUGGUCAGACUGGAGUCUGUGUCCAGCUCAGUGUGAUCAGGUUGCAGUACAGCAUCGCUCUAGAAGCUGCAAAUCCAGCUCCAAACAAUGCAAUGGCCAAACUUUCGAGGCCAGGUCAUGCCAAGGACCACCUUGUCCACGCUGUGAUCUGCAGUGUGUGAAGGGGAGGGUAAAUGAUGAGUGCGAUAGCUGCAUGUGCCAUGAUCAUACAGUUUUAGGAUCAGUCCGUAGUGCUGGGGGUCUCCCUGCACCUGGAGCUGCCAUCCUCCGUGCUGGUUCCAGGAACAAACUCCUUACUGUAACUGAUCACAAUGGCCAUUUUCAGGUCCCUGGUAUCUGCCCUGAUGGCAACACAACGCUAAUGAUCAAGCUGAAAAACCAUGCUCCACACCAAGUCACUGUGGCCCCAAGCACUGAACGUACCUCCAUUCUCAUUUUGAAGCUAGAGAGAGCAAAAAAACUAUACGUGCUGAAAAACCCUGAGAACAAGGCCAGAAGGGAAGGUCAGACCACUGCUUUCUGUUGUAAGGUUGAUGGCACACCUGAACCAAACCAGUAUGAAUGGUUCCACAAUGGUACUCUGCUGGACAGGAGUCAAUAUCAGUAUGACCAGACACUGAUUUUGAGGAAUCUCAGUUUGGACCAUAUAGGACAAUACUACUGCAGAGCCAGUAAUGAGGACGGAGCCAUCAAAUCUAAGCCAGCCACCCUGACAGUUAUUGGUCAAAAAGCACCAUCAUGCAACCCUAAGCCUGAUUCCCAUCUGAUCCGACUACCACAUGACUGCUUUCAAAACGCGACUAACUCUUUCUACUAUGAUGUCGGGAGAUGCCCAACCUCUGUGUGCACAGGGAAGCUGGAUAACGGCAUCAGAUGCAAAGACUCUGUUUCCUACUGCUGUGGAAUUUCAAACAUGGAGGAGAAAAUGAUUACAUGUCAGGGAUAUCAGUUGCCCAUCAUGAUAGUGACUCAGUGUGGUUGUAAAACAUGUGUGGACACAAAGGCUAUCGUUCGUGGACGUGCUAUCGCAGCAGACACUGGUGAGCCUAUGAGGUUUGGACAUAUCUUCAUGGAUGGCACAAGAAUAAGUCGAACUGGAUACAAAGGCACAUUCUCUAUCCAGGUACCAACAAACUCUGAACGUCUGGUCCUCACCUUUGUGGACAACAUGGAGAAGUUUGUGAAUACCACAAAAGUGCUACCAUUCAAUCCUAGAGGUGGAGCUGUCUUCCACGAGAUCAAACUGUUGAGGAAAAAGCCAGCUGUGAUUAUUAGCUCAAGAGAGACUAAUAAGAUAGAUCUUGGUGAGGUAGAAGGCCAGGAUCCCAUUGCUGAGAUUGAGAUCCCACCAAAUGCAUUCUACAAGGAAAAUGGAGAGGUGUUCAUGGGAAAUGUCAAGGCCAGUGUGACUUUCCUUGACCCCAGGGAUGUAUCAACAGCAGCAGCUGCCCAAAGUGAUCUUAACUUCAUUGGUGAUGAAGGUGACACUUUGCCUUUGAGGACCUAUGGAAUGUUCUCUGUGGACUUCAGGGAUGAAGAAGGAGGUGAGUCGCUCAAUGCCGGAGAGGUGAAAGUGCGUCUCGAUGCAGCACAAGUGAAGAUGCCGGAGCACUUGAAGACAAUGAAAUUAUGGUCCCUUAAUCCUGAUACAGGUUUGUGGGAGGAGGAGGGCCAGUUCCAUACUGAGAAGAAACAAAGGGGGAAAAGAGAGGAGAGGACCUUCCUCAUAGGUAACAUGGAAAUCCGUGAGAGACGGCUGUUUAACUUGGAUGUACCUGAGAACAAGAGAUGUUAUGUGAAAGUGCGAGCCUUCCGUAGUGAACGGUACAUGCCUAGUGAGCAAACUGAAGGAGUCGUGAUGACUUUAAUAAAUAUGGAACCCACACCAGGGUUUUCAACCAACCCUCGAGCUUGGGGCAGAUUUGAUAGUGUUGUCACUGGUCCAAAUGGUGCAUGUCUUCCAGCUUUCUGUGAUGAACAGAAAUCAGAUGCAUAUUCGGCCUAUGUCAUGGCCAACCUUGGGGGAGAAGAGCUAGAGGCAGUAGCAUCCUCUCCAAAGUUGAAUCCUAACACCAUUGGCGUUCCGCAACCCUAUUUGAAUAAACUUAACUACAGACGCACUGACCAUGAUGAUCCCAGAAUAAAAAAGACAGCGUUCAGCAUCAAUGUGGCCAAACCCCGUUCGAACACAGCUGAGGAGGCCAAUGGUCCAGUUUAUCCAUUUGACAAACUUAAAGAGUGUGAGGAAGCUCCAUUCAGUGCAGCUCACUUCCGUUUCUCAAGAGUUGAAGGAGAUAGAUAUGAUUACAACACAGUGCCUUUUAAUGAGGAUGAUCCCAUGAGCUGGACUGAAGACUACUUGAGUUGGUGGCCAAAACCCAUGGAAUACAGGGCCUGCUACAUUAAAGUAAAAGUCAACAGUGCCCAUGAGCUCAACGUUCGGUCUCGCAAUAUGGGAGGGACCCAUCCAAAAACCGUUGGUCAACUGUAUGGCAUCCGUGACACCAGAAGCAUCCGAGACAUGGACCAAUCAACUGUUUCAGCAGUGUGUCUGGAGUUUAAGUGCAGUGGGAUGCUGUAUGAUCAAGACCGAGUGGAUCGGACCCUUGUGAAAGUAAUGCCUCAGGGCAGCUGCAAGCGAGAAAGUGUAAACAGCAUGCUACAGGAAUACUUGGUGAAUCACCUUCCACUGGCUGUCAACAAUGACACCAAUGAGUUCACCAUGCUUGCACCUCUAGACCCACUUGGCCACAACUACGGUAUAUAUACAGUGACAGACCAAGAUCCUCGGACAGCCAAAGAAAUCGCACUUGGCCGUUGCUUUGAUGGUACAUCAGAUGGCACUUCUCGAGUCAUGAAGAGCAAUGAAGGAGUGGCAUUAGCAUUCACCUGUGGUGAUAAAAAGGUCACUAGGCAGAGUAUGUUCCAGCAGAUACAGAACUCACUGGGUCAAGCCACAGCUGGAAGUGGAAGACCGGGAAGAGGAAACCAGAGGCAGAGAGGUGGCUCAACAGCACCUCGCAGUAGUAGGAGGAGCACUCGUAAUUCCUACACACGUGCCCAGACCAUUGGUUGAUAUUCCAAGAACUAAAAACUCACAUGAGAGGAGACCCCAUAUGGGUAUGGGUUUGCCUUGUAUCAUGUAGAGUUUGUGUUUACAGAGUUACUGGAUUAAAGACAUUUUAAAAUUUUGACAGCAGUACAGUUGUAUUUAAAAUGGUUUGGGCAAAGUCCCACAGCAAUUUAGUAUGGCUGAUAACGUCAACUGGCAAAAUAUAUUACAGAUUUAAUGAACUGCAAAUCAAAUUAAUAUUAAAGUGGGAAAAAACUAACAACACGUAAAAAAAAUGUAAAUGCCAACUCGAGAGGAACGUAUGAUUCAUGUAAUGUUUCAUUUGUUUUCUAUUGACAUGUACUGUGGUAAAUAUGUUCCUACUUGAAACUGUAAAUACUCAAAUAUUUAUUGGAUACUUUAGAUUAUAAAAAAACUAGAGUAUCAGCUGUGGCUCUCGAGGUCCACUGUCCUGCAGUUUAGCUCCAAUCCUAAUCAAACACACUUGCCUGUGGCUUUCUAGUGAUCCUGAAGACCUUGAUGAGCUUGUUCAUGUGAGUUUGAUUCGAGUUGGAGCUAAACUCUGCAGAACAGUGGACCUCGAAAGCCAGAGUUCAGAACCCCUACAGUAGAACAUCACAUUUCCACCCAAACAAACAUGUAUGCCAUUUAUCACUCAAUUUAAAA